AUGGUUAGCGUCGUCUCCCACAAGACGGAGGCUCCAAGCGAAGAGUCUCUCGCGACCGACACUGAACCCGGGAACCCAUCAUCAGCACCCAUACAAGCAGGUGCCAGACAACGCGCAAGCGAGUGGUUCGCCAAAGUCUCGCGGGAGGGCCUGUUCCAUAAGCCCUUACCUCCCUCCAAGGAUGGUCGUCAUGUUCCCAUAAGGGUUGCGGGAAGCCAGGGCGGCGACAAAGCUAAUCACCUCGUUGAUGAGCGCCGGGGCCAUGGUUACCUCUCCAAUGCAAUCCGAACAUCCCGCUACACGCUGUACGACUUCUUUCCCAAGCAGGUGUGGUUUCAAUUCUCACGCCUUAGCAACUUCUACUUCCUCUGCGUUGGAAUCCCGCAGACGAUACCAGGAAUUAGCACGACGGGAAACUUUACUACGAUUCUACCUUUGCUGUUUUUUGUCCUGCUCACCAUUGUAAAAGAGGGUUAUGAUGAUUACAAACGUCAUCGCUUGGACAAGAUCGAGAAUGCACGCUGUGCAACUGUUUUGCGGCGGGUGUCAAGGGCUGACGAGGUGUUCGGUACUCAGCGUCGGUCCAGCUGGCCACUUCCGCACUUUCUUGGCAGGCACUUGCAGCCGAAAGCUUGGGAAGACAGGAGGGAACCUGCUGGCGAAGGUUGGGAGUGGAGAACUGUGCAAUGGAGGGACAUUGAAGUUGGCGAUAUCUUGAGGCUGUCUCGAAAUGAAGAUGUGCCUGCAGACCUGAUACUGGUCCAGGCCGAGAACGAGGAUCACAUUGCAUACGUGGAAACAAUGGCUUUGGAUGGCGAGACGAAUUUGAAAAGCAAAUCUGUCCCUGCAAACUUGACCAAGCUGGGCAGCAUCUCUGAUAUUGUUCAUUCUGGCCUUCAGAUCGUGGCUGAGGAUCCGAAUCCGGAUCUUCACAAUUUUGAUGGGCGCCUUACAAUUGACGGGGAGACUGCUCCCUUGACAAUCAACGAAGUUCUCUAUCGGGGAUGCACACUCAGAAACACUCCGUCUGCAGUGGGCGUGGUCAUCAACACAGGCGAGGAGUGCAAAAUACGAAUGAACGCGAACCGCCAUCCUAAAGCCAAGAAACCCGCACUUGAAAAGACAACCAACCGUAUUGUGCUCACACUCGUGGCGUACGUCUUUUCGUGUACUGCUGGCUGCUCCAUCGGGUACCUACUCUGGCAACGCUCGACCGAAAGCUCUUCUUGGUACCUUCGCGGUGCCGGUGUCGCCGUCCAGGAGAUUGUUGUCGGCUAUGCCAUUCACUUUAACAAUAUAAUUCCACUGUCGCUCUAUGUCACUCUGGAGCUCACCAAACUUUUCCAGAUGCUGAUGCUCAACGGCGACAUCGAGAUGUACGACGAAGCAUCAGACACUCCCGCCAAGUGCAACACGAACACGAUUCUGGAGAACCUGGGACAAGUUGGAUACGUAUUCUCAGAUAAGACAGGGACCUUGACGGAAAACGUUAUGCAGUUCCGCAAGAUGAGUAUCGCGGGAAUUUCGUGGCUACACGAUGCGGGUCUGCAAAUAUCGGACGAUCAUUCUCCCGUUUCCACCUCAGCCAAAGUGGCUUCUCCAACGUCUUCGAACAGAGCGGUGGCCGUGCCAACCAAGGUAAUGUCUCAUCAGCCCGAGCGUCGGAGCUUUGUGAUCCCGGAGGACUCUGAGAUACCAUAUGAUGUUCCGCGGGGUCGCGUACACGAGACAGAGAUGUUUCCUCGACGGUCAGGACUCUCAGCAACCUCACCACGCAGGUCUUCGUUGCAGUGGAGAUCAUCUGGUCGACCAGACCUCGAGCAGCCAGAUUUGUCUUCAGCAGACCUGCUCGAGUACAUUCGUCACAGGCCAAACUCUGCCUUCGCCAGAGCUGCGACUGACUACCUCCUUGCCCUCGCUCUUUGUCACACGUGUUUGCCAGAGUACAAUGACGACGGCAUUGACUACCAAUCUGCAUCCCCCGAUGAACUAGCACUUGUCAGAGCGGCCCAGGAGCUCGGUUACCAAGUGGUCCAGCGAUCGUCACAUUCAAUCACGCUUAGGCUUGGGUCAACAGACGGUGGCGAGGACAUUCAGGAGGUUGUCUAUGAGAUUUUGGAUGUUGUUGAGUUUAGCAGCAAACGGAAACGCAUGUCCAUCAUUGUCCGCUGCCCCGGCGGGCGUAUACUCCUCAUCUGCAAAGGAGCUGACUCGGUCAUCCUGCCAAGACUGAAGCAGGCGAAUCUUGCGUUGCAAAAGGCCCAAGAGGUCCGACAGAGUGUCGAGGCCGAGAAAGAAGCUUUGAGGCACAGCGAGGCUCGCGAGCCGAGGAAUAGCUUGGGUGGAAGGCCAAGUCUCGAUCUACGGCGGCACGGCGGGUACGCCGAUGCGGGAGCAUCUGGCCUCUUCGCCAAGCGUCCUUCUAUGAGCGAUAGGAGUAAGUCCUUUGAGGCGCAAAGCAGAGCCCGGCGCUCAGCCGACCUAGUUCGCCCUUCACUACAGCUGCGGACCAUGUCUUUUGACCUAAAACGAUCGCGCAAUGAACCUUCGGGUAGUGCAUUGCUGUCUCCGCCACCAUUGACACAGCUCCCGCCCAAGCUUGAAGUCCUUGAGGAUCCGUCAGUAAGUGAUGAUGGUGUCGUUUUUACACGAUGCUUCAAGCAUCUGGAUGACUUUGCAUCCGAGGGUUUGCGAACUUUGGUCUAUGCGCAAAAAUUUCUUUCCGAGUCGGAUUACGCCUCGUGGAAGAAGCUGUACUCCGAUGCGACAACUAGCCUGGUGGAUCGCCAAGAACGUAUUGAAACCGUCAGCGAGCUUCUUGAACAGAAUCUGGAGCUUGUCGGGGCGACUGCUAUCGAAGACAAGCUCCAAAAGGGCGUCCCAGAAACUAUCGACAAGUUGAGGCGUGCGAACAUCAAAGUAUGGAUGUUGACUGGCGACAAGCGCGAAACGGCUAUCAACAUUGCGCACUCGGCACGGAUCUGCAAGCCAUAUUCGGACGUUCACAUCUUGGACUCCAGCAAGGGUAAUACCGAAGGCCAAAUUGUUGGCAUCAUAGAGGAGCUGCGUGAACAGAAAAACAGCAAUAGCCUUGUGCCGAGCUUUCAGAACAACCAUAAUGUCCUCGUCGUUGACGGCCAUACCCUCGGUGAGAUGGAGCUGUCGGCACACCUCUCGCAGCUCUUUUACUCACUCGCCCCGGCUGUCGACAGCGUCAUCUGUUGCCGUGCAUCACCGGCUCAAAAAGCACUCCUCGUGCGGGCGGUACGCCAAAAGAUUAUUCAGUCGACGCCCACUAGGAAAGAUGGUAUUCGCGGUGAAACUCUUCUCACUCUAUCGAUUGGGGAUGGUGGCAACGAUCUGGCCAUGCUUGCCGAAGCCCAUGUCGGAGUGGGCAUAUCGGGCCGCGAGGGACUGCAGGCGGCGCGUGUCGCCGACUAUAGCAUUGCUCAGUUUCGAUUCCUCGCGCGGCUCCUGCUCGUCCAUGGACGGUGGAACUACUCGCGUACGGCGCGCUUCGUCCUGGCAACAUUUUGGAAGGAGAUGUACUUUUAUACAGGCACGAUUGCCUAUCAGUAUUUUGUGGGAUACACGGGUACAUCACUCUAUGAGAUGUGGAGCUUGACGACACUCAACCUGCUCUUUACAAGCUUAUGUACCAUCUCGCCGGCUCUGUGGGAGCAGGACCUCAGCGCCACCACCCUGCUCGCGGUUCCGGAACUGUACACUUUUGGACAGCGCAACCUCGGACUGGAUGUGGCCAAGUACCUGGGCUGGAUGCUAGCUGGCAUUUCCGAGGGUCUGGUCACUUUUUUUAGUUGCUGGGCCAGUGUGGGGGUAUUUGGCCUGACUGGGGAUGUUGGCUUGUACGCGAUUGGAAACCUGGCCUUCAGCAUCGCCAUGAUGUGGACAAACUGGAAACUACUGAUAAUCGAGACGCACACCAAAAACAUCGUCAUACUGGGCUCUUUCGUGUUUACGGUAGCAGGAUGGUGGGCUUGGCAGGCAUUUCUGUCGGGCUCGUACUCUCCCGCACCAUCACCUUAUGCCGUCCGCGGGGGUCUAACAGAGGGCUUCGGCCGCGACCUAAGCUGGUGGACCUGUCUGAUCGUCGUGCUGGCCGCCCUCAUAGUUUUUGAAAUGGGCUACAAAGCAGUAAAACGACAACUCGUCGUCGGCGGGGCGCUGAGGAAAAGACAGCGAAAGGCCAAGAGGGUGCUUGGGAGGAUACUGCAUUGGGUACUGUGUGGACUCUUUGUCUCGACGGGGUUGGCGGCUGCGACUGGGAUAAAGACCACCGAUGCCGAUGCCGACGACCUGAGGCGGCAGGAGUUGCUCGAGAAUGAGGAGGAUUUGGACUUGGAGCUUUGGCAGGAGCUUGAGCAGGAUCCGGAAGUAAGGGUCAGACUAGAGAGCUUGUGCUGGGCGGAAGAGGAGGAUGAGAGAGUGGGCGAUGGCGAUGGGGACGAGGACGACGCGGAAGAAAGCCAGGUCGGCAGGCCAGGGGCUUGA